ACCUGUUUUUCAUAUUUAUUGUAAAAAAAAAACUAUUAUUUAAGAAAACAUGGUUUCUACGAUUGGAAUCAGUUGGCCGGAGCCGGUGGUUUCGGUCCAUGCCCUGUCCCAGACAGGCAUAACCACCGUACCGGACCGGUACGUGAAACCGGCGAAUCAGAGGCCGGUUAUGCGCACAAACCCGUUCGACGAUGAAUUGGACAUCCCAGUGGUGGAUCUCAGCGACCUCUGGAGCACUGAUCACGACCCCAGCAGGAGGAUCGAGACGCUGAGGCGCGUGGGUAACGCGUGCAGGGAGUGGGGGUUCUUCCAGGCGGUGAACCACGGUGUGAGCCACGCGCUGCUUGGGUGCGUGAGGGAAUCUUGGCGGGAGUUUUUCGGGCUGCCGGCGGAGGAGAAGCGGCGGUUCGCGAACUCUCCGGCGACGUACGAAGGGUACGGAAGCCGUCUUGGUGUGGACAAAGGUGCCGUUUUGGAUUGGAGUGAUUACUUCUUCCUUCAUCACACACCUUCCUCUCUCAUGAACCCUUCCAAGUGGCCAUCUCAGCCUCCUCGUAUCAGAGAGCUAAUAGGGGAAUAUGGAGAAGAAGUGAGAAAGCUGUGCGAGAGGCUGAUGGAGACACUGUCGGAGAGUUUGGGGUUGGAACCGAAGUAUCUAAUGAAGGCAUUCGGAGGGGAAGACAAGGUGGGAGCCUGCCUCCGCACAAAUUUCUACCCAAAAUGCCCUCAACCGGACCUCACUUUGGGCCUCUCUUCCCAUUCCGACCCCGGUGGCAUCACCGUUCUCCUCCCCGACGACAACGUCACCGGCCUCCAAGUCCGCCACCUCGACCGUUGGGUCACGGUUAAACCCAUCCCCAAUGCUUUCAUUGUCAAUAUCGGAGACCAAAUCCAGAUUAUAAGCAAUGGGAUCUACAAGAGUGUGGAGCAUAGAGUGAUUGUGAAUUCGGUUAAGGAUAGAGUUUCCCUGGCAUUCUUCUACAACCCAAGAAGUGAUAUACCUAUCGAACCGGCCAAAGAUCUGUUAACCGAAGACGAACCGGCUCUCUAUAGACCGGUUAAGUUUGAUGAGUACCGGCUUUUGAUUAGGCAAAAGGGACCCUCUGGCAAACAUCAAGUCGAAUCAUUAUUGGCAAAUAUAUAAUACGUGAGAUAUAUAUAUCACGAACAUGUGUGUUUUCAAAUAUAGAUAUGCUAUACGUAAAAAAUUGUAAACGCAAAAUCAAAUGUUCUGUAGCAUCAUAUGUAAUUUGAAUCAUGCAAAUAAAGAUAUUGUAAGUCAAUUAAUAUCUGAAUUUAA